AUGGCUGCAGCGGGCGGGGGGGCUGCUGCGGCUGCGGCGGUGCAGCCAGCCGCCGCUGCGGGUGCGGGCGCGGGGAGGAGUAGCUCUUCCUCGGCCGGAGCAGGUGGCGCUGCCGGUGCCGGCACCGUGGCCGACCCGCGGGCGGAGGCGCUGCGUUGCCCACGCUGCGACUCGGCCAACACCAAGUUCUGCUACUACAACAACUACUCGCUGUCGCAGCCGCGCCACUUCUGCAAGGCCUGCAAGCGCUACUGGACGCGCGGGGGCACGCUCCGCAACGUCCCCGUCGGCGGAGGCUGCCGCAAGAACAAGCGCUCCAGGAGCAGCAACGGAUCAGGGGGCAGGCCGGGCUCCUGCGCCGUCGUCGCCUCCUCGAACGCCGCUGCCGGGGGCAUCACGUCGUCUACCUCCAUGUCGCUCCCGCCGCCGGGCUCCCUCUCCUCGGCGCUGGGCCUCCACGGCCACGGGAGCAGCUCCCUGGCCUCGCUGCUGCUCGGGAGCGGCGCCUCAGGCAGCGACCACCUCGGCCUCUUCCACGCCAUGCAGUCGGUCGUCUCGGACGCCACCGCCUACGAGAUGCACCAGCAGCACCAGUCCCAGGUGGAUCAGCUGCUGGGGCUCGGCUACGGCGCCGGCGACGCCAACGGCUCGCAGAUCCACAUCAAGCCCUGGCAGCAGCACCUUCAAGACGGCGCUGGCGGCCUCUUUGACGGCUUCUACGCGCCGCUGCUGUCCGGCUCCAUCGUGCCGGGACUGGAGGAGCUGCAUGUGAAAGCCGAGGCCACCGCCGGCGAGCACCACCACCACCAGCAGAAGAAGGCGACCGAUGGGGAUCAGCAGAGCUGGGAUCAACAUCCGACGUCGUCGUCUAACGUCGAGGCUAACAUCAUGGCCUCGGACGCGCUCAUGGCCGCCGCCGCCGCGGCGUCCAUGAACCCGGCGGUCAGCAACGCUGCCACGGCGCCGACGUCCUCCCCUCUCAUGUACUGGGGCAACGGGGGCAUCGGCGGCUCGCCUGCAGCGUGGCCAGAUAUGGCCAACUGCGGAUCCUCCAUUGCAACCUUCUUCUAG